AUGAGGUUUAGAGCGCGCCUUGCCCACGGCGUUUUCCCCCUCGGACCUGAGCCCUCCUUUCAGUCAGAGCCCGCCGGACGGGUCGCUCCCGCCGCCGGGCGGGUCGCACCCCCCGCCGGACGCAGCUCGCCCACCGCGCUGCUGCUGCGGGGGCCGCCGCCGCCCGCCCCCGGCGGGGAGGGUCGGUGGUUACAAAUACAGCACGAACUAAGCUUGAGGAAACUAAUAGAGGGUUCAGAGUAUCAAGAGGAACUGAAGUACGACUUCAAUAUAAAAGGGGAACUGAGGCAUUUGGAUACAAAUGAGUCCUUUGUUUUCAAUUAUUACAAGAAUGCACAUGAGCAGAAUCAUAAACGCUAUCAAGUUUUGGGACAUUUGAUUACCCAAUAUGUUUAUGAGCUCUUGGAAAGAGUCUGCAUGCUGCAGAAAGUUUAUAUUCCUACUGAUGCUACAGAGGUUGAACCAAGAAGCUUCUUUUUCAUGAGCAAGAAUGCACUAAGUUCCUCUAGCUUAAUUGUCCUUCUUCAAGACCACGGAGUUUUCUGUGCUGGACAGUGGGGGCAAAGGACGAUUGUCAGCGAGGGCCUGAGGCAUGGAACACAAAUACCAUUCAUCAAAAUGGCUCUUCAAAGCCACAGGGGAGUGAUUGUACUGAAUCCCAAUGACAACUUCGUUGAUCUGAAGACUGAAAAGGAGAGGUUAGGCUCUUCUACUAGGGAAGAAGCACUGACUUCUACACAGUCCAUCUGGUGGAUCCCCAAGAGGGGCAGCAGCAGCCCCGAGGAGCAUACCAUGUAUGUAUGGGAUCAUUUCAUUUCAAAGAGCGCAGCCAAGAAUGUGGCCUUCAUUGCCCAUGGCUAUGGUGGCUUGGCAUUUGUUGAUCUGCUGGUGCAGAGAAAAUGGGAGGUAAUGAAUAAAGUAUACUCUGUGGCAUUCAUUGACUCCAUGCACAACACACAGCACCAGGCUGGAAGUGAUCCACAAAUACAAGAAUGGAUACAGAAAUACUGCCGUGAAUGGGUGUCAAACAGUAAGCCUCUGGAUAAAGCUGUGGGUUCUCUUGUGAAAAUGGAUUGUCCUACUGUCUCUGCUGGAACGGAAAGGUAUGGUUUAGCACCCUCCUGUUGCUUACACGCCAUCUUUAAGUACCUGAAGAGCACGCUGAAAGCGAAGACGACAACAUCCUUUAGGUAUUCACCUGUUGCAACCAGAAGCAGCACAAGUAAGAAGAGAGACAAUAAAUAA